AUGGAAAAAAAAAGACCAGAAGGAUACAAACGUUAUUUAGAUAAAACUUCUAAAGAAUCAGUUCCAAAGCGAACGUUGAUUCGGCGUAAGAAGACUCAUUUGUCUCAACGUGUAGUCAAAAGUUAUUCUGAUAUUAAGCGAAAUGAUUCGGAUCCUCAACAAGUGAUAAAUUUUAAUUCCUUGGAAAAUCGACAAGAUGCUGCUGAUUCUAUCAUCCAUGUUGAUGAACAUUCUGAUGAUGAAGUUUCAAGAACUGAUAAUGGAGCUGUUCACAAUAAAAUAUCAAGUAGCUCAUCAGAAAUUGACAGUGACUGUUAUGAUGAACUUCUUCAUACUCCAUCUGAUUUUGACUCUGAAGAACAAAUGUAUUCGGUUUGUGGUUUGGGAAGAAAGAACCAGUAUUUGAUGUUUUUUUUAAAACCAUUUACAGAACAGGCUUUCCGUCUUGCAACGAAAGGGCUGAAUAUUCAUGUAAAAGGAAAGUUAAUUAACGUCAAAGUGCUUCCAGCUUGUUGCUGUGCAGAUUCUGUUGCACGGCCAUGCUUACAGAACAGUACGCAAUAUAAUGGCUUCUAUGGCUGCUCCUGGUGCAUCCACCCAGGCUUUACUGUUGAUGGCACAGUCAAGUACUGCAUCAGGAAUACACUGUUAUAUAAAGAACGUACUGAGCUGGACACUGCUGAGCUGGUUGUUGAGGCCAUAAAAUCAGGGAAAAGCAAGUUCGGCAUUAAAGGUCCUUCUCCAUUAGUAACAAUUCCGCACUUCAAUGUUGUUCAAGGAUUUUCCUUGGACAGCAUGCACAGCAUUUUUCUUGGUGUUACCAAGAAAAUUGUGUGUCUGUGGUUUGAUACUACAAACAGUGGGAAGGAUUAUUACCUAGGUAGCCCAAAAAGUGUACAUGAAGUCAAUGAAAGGAUGUCUUCCAUAAUAAUGUCUCAGUGUGUGGGACGCGUUCCCAGAUUAAUUUUUAAAAGAAAAUUGUAUAAAGCCAGUGAAUGGCGUAAUUUUCUUCUGUAUGUUUGUCUUCCAGUACUGACAGAUCUUUUGCCGAAGAAAUAUUCUGAACAUAUUAGUUGUUUAAUUGGAGGAGUAUUUUUGCUGCUAAAGAAAUCAUUAAGUAUGCAGGAACUGCAGAAAGUGGACAAGUUUUUUUUAAAAUUUGUGGUUGAAGCGCAGGAUUUAUAUGGGGAACAUUUCAUGGCAUUUAAUGUUCAUUCCCUGUUACAUGUAACCCAGAGUGUCUUGGACUGAGGCCCUUUAUGGAUACGCUCCAUGUUUGUUUAUGAAGGACGUAAUUCAGUUUUGAGGAAGUUUAGCCAAGGGCCCACUGGCAUUGCCAGCCAAAUAGCUACACGGUAUCUGCUGGAUACUGAAUUGUAUUCCAAGGAGACACUUGAUCUCUUAAGUCCUAAAGCUUUGGGUUAUGUGAAGGGAUUACAGAAGCAUUGCAA